AUGAGACCCGUUAUUCAACAUCGCUUUAUAUCCAGGUGUUUCGAGCAGUUCAGGCGUGGGGCAGACUGCGGGGCGCGGCGCGCCGAGCAGAGUUGCACCGUGUGGCGGACAUGGCUCGCUACCUCCAUUUGCAGUUCGGCGGUGGUUAUGCUCGGAACUCUUGGGCUCAUGGUUGGUCGCAGCGGCGCUCGUGCAAGCAGGGGUGUCCCCAUGCGGCGACGUUUUUUCAGAAGCAGGGUGUUGCCUUUUCUGCAUGCCCAUGCCUCGAGACACGCGUCAUACACGUAUCCUCGAGGAGAUUUGCUCGUGCGCGAGGCGAUGGGCGCAGAGGAGGGCUACCCAGAAGGCCCCGAGCGUGCGAUGUUCGUUGUCUCCGAGCUCAAGGCCAGUGCUGCUCUGUUUGCCGCGUUUGCAUUCGGGGCCCUCAACCUGCCCAGCGCGCUGACCAUCUCGGAGUUCAGGAUCACGAGCUCGGCCUCUUCUGUGUCUACCUCGCGUCCAGCUCCAGACUCCGACCUGCUGCAGGCGUUUGUGGUGCUUGACGUACUCACGCUUGGCUUCAUGCUCAUUUGUGUUGUUGUCUCACAGCUGCUUAUGUACCGACUGAGCGACGGCUCGUACGGGUCCGAAGUCUAUGGCACUGACGAGGAACACGACCCACGCGAUUCGGCUCUGGGGAGACUUGCUACCCAGUAUGGUACCGAGUUCGGCACUGCGCGCGUUGCAUUCGACUUUGGCGUCGUCACGAUUUUGCUUGCUACACUUGUUAGGACAUGGACCGUAUUUGGCAGUACGAUAGCACUCCCGGUCACAGGAGUCAUUGGCAUGUCAGCCGUCAUAGUUGGAGUCUUCUAUGCGCGCGUGGGCAACAUAUCUGAAGGGCUGCGACCUUUGCUUGAGGCCUCACAGGCCUGGCACCCUUGGGUCCACCUUGGGGCUUUCUCGCAGGGGAUUCGAUGGACCUUCUCGGCGUUCAUGGAGGAUAUGUUAGUGCAUCUGCGCGACAUCUUGAUAUAUUCCCGACAUCUUAGGCAAUG